AUGGCGGCCUCUGCCGCAUUGUCACUCCCCCUGCCGCCACGCCCUCUCCCCUGCCACGCCCUCAUCGGCCGCACUGCCUCCGCCACCGUCGCAUCCGGCAGCAGCGGCGAGGGUUCUGUCGCUCUCGCGGUUCCGCCGCGCGCAGCAGGGCGGGCGCGCAGGGAGACGAUGAUGGGCGCGCACGUGCAUCAGGGGGCGCGGAGGUGGCGCGCCGUGCGAGCGACUAUGGGGGGCGCGGAAGGAGGAGGUGGGGAGGGGGACGGGGAAGGAGAGGCGGACGGGAAGAAGGGUGGGGGCGAGGGGCAGCAUGGCUGGGAGGCGUGGCAGGUGGCGCAGCGGAUGUACGCGGCGGUGAACGCGCGGGACGUGGCGGGCGCAGUGGCGUGCAUGGCGGAGCGGUGUGAGUACCAAGAUAUGAUCUACCGCGAUGCCCUCCACGGCAAACAGGCGGUGGAGCAGCACCUGAGGCGCGUGCUGCACGCCAUGCCGCCCGGAGUGGCCUUCAUUAUUGACGACAUCUCCACCGGGGAUACCCGUGCCUGCGGGGCAAGCCACACUUUUCAUGCCACUCCUCCCCCUCUCCUGUGCAAAUCGCCCCCUCUUUUGCCUCCUUUAAUUGCCUUCAUCCCAUCCCCUCCUCCAUCCCCUCCUCCCAUCCCCUUCCUCCCAUUCCUUCCUCCCAUUCCCUCCUCCCAUUCCCUCCUCCCAUCCCCUCCACCCUUCCCCAUCGUCUCGUCGUCAGAGGUGGACGGCCGGCCUCUCCCAUUCAGCCGCGGCUGUUCCUUCAUUCGCUGCCAGCCCGAGAACGGUGCUCUGCGCAUUGUGUUCGUGAGGGACAUCCCCGAGCCGUCCUUCAAGCCAGGCUCGGCUGCCCUUGUGAGUGCCUCUGCUGCCCUUGUGAGUGCCUCUGCUGCCCUUGUGAGUUCCUCUGCUCCAUUACCUGCUCUCCUGGGCGGUGCAGCUGUUGAAGCUCCUGCCCGCAUCCACCAAGUGACAUCUUUCCUGCAGCUUAUCCAUCCCCUCCCCUCUCUUUCCCCCCACCCUUCUGGCCACCAAUAA